AGCAACACAAAACGACGCCUCGUGAACCAGCGCAAUGAUCACAGCCUCCCCGUUCCUCGUGAAGAUUUUUUCCCUAUGCACACGACAGAAAGUUUUUAACUGCGCCAUUUUUUCAUUUGCUACCCACGACCUCUGACUCAGACAGUACUCUAGUUGAUUAGUAGUCUUUUAUUUCUAGCACUUUUGCUCCGCCGUGUACCAACGAAAAUCUAAAGUCGUGUUGCUCCUCAAUGCCUGUAAAAUCUGGUUGUUGCUGCAUCAGUAAAGACGUUCGCCAUCGCCUUGUUGGAUAGUAUUAUUCAUGUUCCACUGACUGCAUUUAUUCCCACGCUUAGUCCUGUUGGUUCGCAAUUUUCUCUACAUUUUCUCACCAGUAUAGCGCAUAUUUUGUGCCAACAUCUACAUCGUGGAGAUUCAAUUACCGUGGAAAAAUGUUUUGAAUUCGUGGUGUUGAAGAACGAAGUAAUAAUCGUGGAAUCAGAUAACCAACGUCGUACUGAUAAAAGACCAAGUCAAAAACUACUUGUACCUUACGACUGCUUCCAUUAUUCCUUCCCCACACCCGUCCAGCAGUGACUGCCUUUUUUUUUGCGCCGCCAGCGCUCGUUCGAUUGUGCAUAAGUACCGAAGAAGUUGAAAAAUAACCAGGAAAAGUAGAUAUUUUGUGCAAAAGAACGACCUCGAUGAGCGAGCAGAGCAGUCCCAGCCGACCCAGCGGCAAGAGCGCGGAGGGUCGCACGUUCGUCCUUGGUGCCGCACAUAAUUCGUCUCUUGGCCCAAGGUUAUUAGACUCGCGGCGCCAACCCGUGCCAGUGGACAACGACAGCACUUCGAGCGACACGAUGACCGAGCCGACAACGCAGCAAUUGAACCCCUCAGGAUCAUCAUCAUCAUCAUCUUCGUCCCGCGGAGGGAUGUUGUUGAACACUGGAAAUGCCCCAAACCAGCACCACCAAAACGUCAGCAACCACGCGCUCGGCAUAACCGGCUCUCCGGAUAGGCAGCGACAAGGCACGACCAGCGGCUGGCCUCCUCUCCAGGGCGGCAAUGGUGUGGCGUCGAAUAGUGGCAACAGCCAGCAGCUCGUUGGUGGAACUACGAGCAGUGGUGGGUCUUCGGGAUCGAAUUCCUUUUCGACCGCGAAUUUGUCCGGCAGCAGCAGCCCGCGCGGUGGGACAGGCGGUGGAGCUACUUCUAGCAGUGGCAGCCAAAGCCAAGAUCCACAAGGAGCCUCGCAGUCGGCCACGUCCUCGUUCUGGCCGUUUUUUGCUUCGAAAAAGCGGGACCGGACAGACACCGACACGGCGAGUAGCACGGCGGUGCCGAGCAGCGAUUACGGAAGUGGCAGCACGGCGGACGCGGCUAGCAGUGCGGCGUCGAGUUCCAACGCGGACCCAAAUGAGGAGGACUUGAGGAGGAAGCGCAUGCAGUACGUGGCAGCGGCGACCCUGCCGCAGCUUCACACCAUCGAACCAAGCAUGCGGAGAAAAUCGAAGAGCGGCCGAGCCUCGGUACUGGUGCUGGUUUUGAUAGAAUAUUAACCCCGUACUACAAAGAACAUGCAUACAAGAGGCCACAGAAAUUUGGCGUCGGUGGUUUUUAAUGAAUAGAAAUUAUCCUGCGUACGACGUGGUGGUGGAUUGAAGUGCUGCUAUGGUUCCCGCUGGUGGUUACACUUCUUGUGAGAAUUCUCAACAUUGCAGCUGAAAAACAUCACAAACAGAUAUGCACCUUCAAGUGUCGGAGUUCAUUACGAGCGGUCCGGUACGCCAUCCGCAAACUCGGAUGGGAGGAAGUCACUGCCGAAAGCGCAGACUGCAGUGUCGCCUGGCUGGAGCACGGAGGUACUUCCAAAUUAACAAAAUGGUUUUGGAAAAAUUAAAACAAUGAAUGCAUUGAUUUUUUUCUACAUACGCUCACCCUGUCCACAAUCUCUGCCUGUGAAUGUGAUUUUUACGAUUACAUCGGAUGCAAUGCAACACUUCUGAACAAACUGCUUUAUUCACGCAUUCUUUCACAAAAAACCACAGAUUCCGUCGUGCACCUUACGCCGUACCAGGCGGUGUCCAAGAUUGAGGGCAUGGUUCCGAUCUGCCGCAAGGCGGCGUGCGCGAUUUCGCUGAACCGCAUCGCGAAGUCCUUCCCCAACGCCUACAGCUUCGUGCCCAAAACCUGGGUCCUGCGGCGCGACGGCUACGACGAGGCGGUGCACCUGGAGAAAAUUAUGAACGAGCGCAAGGGCUGGGUCUACAUCGCGAAGCCCACCGCCGGGAGCCAGGGUAUCAAAUGCAAAUAUGUCUGGGUCUGCAAGGAUACGAACUUGUGAUGCAUACUUAGAUCACACAAAAAUCUGUCAUGCUUGGACAGCAAAAGGAGCUCCUUUUCCUGUCGCGGAAAGAAGGUGUUUGUCAUGCGGAUUAGGCAUUGGCAAACCGUCUCAAAACCUGUGAUGCUAGGCCUUGCAUGGCACACCUUAUGUGUCAAGCAGACACAGCAUCACAAACCUCAGCAAUCUUCCAGACCCAGACACUUUUGCACUUGAUACAGGGCCGCGGCGUGCAACUGGUGAAGCGGUGGCCGGACCUGAAGCCCAUCGUCCGCGAGGUUUGGCCCGACGGCCUGGAUAAGGAGCAGCAAAAGUACCGCAAACGGGUGGAGUUCGUGGUGCAGCGCUACGUCACGCGGCCGCUGUUGGUGAACGGCUUGAAGUUUGACUGCCGGGUUUACGUACUCGUCACCUCGAUCACGCCCCUCCGCGGCUACCUGUUCGAGGAGGGCCUCGCCCGGUUCUGCACGGUCCCCUACGAGCGGCCCAAGGCACACAACCUCGGGAACACGUGCAUGCACUUGACCAACUACGCGGUGAACAAGAAGUCCAUCGACUUCCAGCCCUCCCGCGCGCACGACGACGGCAGUAAGAGAAGUUUGUCCUCCGUUUUUGACCUCAUUUACGCGGAGGAGGGGCCCAGCCCGGACACCAUGUGGCAGCAGAUCAAGGAGCUCGCGGAGCGAACGGUGUUGGCGAUCAAACCGAGUCUGAUCGAACACUACGGGUACUUUCUGCAGGGCAAGGUCGGCCACCACCCGCACGGGCCGAAGGGGUUCCAGAUCAUCGGGCUGGACAUCAUCUUCGAAGACAACUGCCGCCCGAAAUUGCUGGAGCUGAACGCCAACUGCUCUUUGUCCUGCCUGUCCCCGAUGGUGGACCCGGAGGGGGGCGGCGUGCUGUGGAAGCCGGACCAGUCCGGGCCGAGAAUGGUAUCCCGUGCAAAAACAUCCCCACCCCAGAGUUGUCAUGCAAUUCUGCAUGCCAAAAAAGUUUCUCAUGCGGAGCCCUAUGAGAAGCAUUUUCUAUUUGUGUUUUGGGAAUUGCGAUGCUAGGACCAGCAUGAUAUGCCAGAUCUGUGAUGCUUCUGAGCUAGCUAAACAGAAUUACACUACAAGGAUCGAAACUUGUCAUGCCAAACAACUAAAGCUGUGUGAUUUGUCUAGCAGAUUUCCCAUGUUGACUCUGGUGUGGGGACAUUUUUAAUCAGGAUAGAUGGAGGUGUCGGCUUUGGAUUUGGCGAUCAAGUCCGAGCUCGUCGCGCAGGCGUUGUUGCUCGCGAACCCGUAUCGAAUGCAAAUAUGUCUGGGUCUGGGAGAUUGCGAGAUUUGUCAUGCACGGUUUGCAUGAGCCAUGAUGUCUGUGAUGCAGGCACUAGCAUCCCAGGUUUUUUGAGGGAUUCUUGAUGCCUAUUCCGCAUGACAAAUGCUCUCUCCGCGUAGCAAAGAUGAGGCUUCUUUUGCUGCUCAUGCAACACACAUUUUUUCGACAUCCAAAUGCAGCAUCACAAGUUGCAUUCUUCCAGACCCAGACAUUUUUGCAUUUGAUAACCCUUUGUCGCACAGGAAAUCCGUGCAGGGCAGACAGGAAUUCCAGGAGCAGUGUGGCGGUUUGCCCGCCGGUUCGGUCUUUCAGGAGCCUUUGCCGAACGAGGAGCAGCGAAGAGAGGCCAAGCCGCCGAGGAGACCGGAUAGACCGCAGUACGCGCCCGCGUUCAGACCGCUGGACUUCACGACAAAGUACUAAACUUGUGGCUUCUUCUUGAUACAGAAUAUGUUGUUUCCGUUUUGAUGGUUCUCAACAGUUGUGCCACUAAGAGACCCUUCUUUUCGCCUGCAAUAUUUCUUUCCCGCAGGUAUCCGCAGGAUAAGGUCUGUGUUCUUGUCAAAACCAACAAAUGGAAAUGUUACUUGCAAAAAUCCACCACAGCCACCAGGCGAUUUUUGACUUUGUCCAGUCGCACGAGCACACCUACCGGUUGUUCCGCGGACUCCUCGCGCCCGGACAGACCACGUUCACGAAAAAUUCCUUCCGGUCCUUGGUGAUCAGUGGGUACUUUCUGUACGAGCGCGGGUUAGAAGACAGCAGCGACGAAGAAGAGGAGGCGUUCCGGAUAAAGAUCUUUGACGACAUGGCUUCCGCCGACGCAUUUUUCGCUCGGGUUCUGUUUGAAGCCAACCGGGAGAACAACACGGUCGCGAACGGGCUCAAUUACCUGCAGUUCUUGAAGUACUAUAAACAUAGAGAAAAAAAGCUUUUGCUUCACUGCUUUGCAGAAUAUAAAUGAGCUCAGCAUGACGAAUUAUGGAAUUUGUCUUGCUGAUUUACCUUAAGAAAGAGAUUUGUCAUGCGUAAUUGCAUGCUUUAUGUUUAUCUAUUAUCCCACAAAAAUCGAAAUUCAGGUAUGUGUGCGUCGAACUCGGUUCCCGCAUUGACGACACCAGCGAAUUCCAUGCGAUCCACGCGUUCGUCCGGCGGUGCGUUGGCACGUACGAAGGCAGUAAUAGUUCGGAGUCGGAUGAAGAGGAGGAGGAAGUUCGGGACGAAGAGUAA